UGUGAGGCCGGGAAGCCCCGUUUCUCCCUUUCCUCUGGCUGGCCUCGCGGAACCCGCACGAUGCCGGGAGUCACGGUGAAGGACGUGAACCAGCAAGAGUUCGUUCGGGCCUUGGCUGCCUUCCUCAAGAAGUCGGGGAAGCUGAAAGUACCCGAGUGGGUGGACACGGUCAAGCUGGCCAAACACAAGGAAUUGGCGCCCUACGAUGAGAAUUGGUUCUACACGCGGGCUGCCUCUACAGCCCGACACUUGUACCUUCGGGGUGGUGCUGGUGUGGGAUCCAUGACCAAGAUCUACGGGGGGCGCCAGCGCAAUGGAGUCAUGCCCAGUCACUUCAGCAGAGGCUCCAAGAGUGUGGCCCGGAGGGUUCUGCAAGCCCUGGAGGGCCUCAAGAUGGUGGAGAAGGACCAGGAUGGGGGCCGGAAGCUGACACCUCAGGGACAGAGAGACCUGGACAGAAUCGCAGGACAGGUGGCAGCUGCCAACAAGAAACGGGCGUCGGGAUCGGGAGCGCCGGGGUCGGGGCCGAGCGGAAGUGGAUCAGGCCCAGGGACCGCGGACUCCAAGGUCUUAGCCCCGGGCCCAUCCUCUGCCUCGGCCCUGCCGGCCCCGAGCUCCGGUCCCGGUCCUGGUUCCGGUCCCGGUUCCCUUUCUGGCCCCGGCUCCAACGUCGUGGGAGCCGGGACAACGAUCUUGGCCUCGGGCUCCACCGUAGUAGGAGGAGGAGGAGGAGGAGGAGGAGGAGGAUUAGGGGGGAGCUCCACCUUCCCCCCGCCCGCCGUGAAACUGGGCCGUGACAGUGGGAAAGUGACUACUGUGAUGGCAACCUUGGGGCAGGGGCCCGAGCGCUCCCAAGAGGUGGCCUACACCGACAUCAAGGUGAUUGGCAAUGGCUCCUUUGGCGUAGUCUAUCAGGCCCGCUUGGCAGAGUCGGGGGAACUGGUGGCCAUCAAGAAGGUGCUGCAAGACAAGAGGUUCAAGAACCGGGAGCUACAGAUCAUGCGCAAGCUGGACCAUUGCAACAUUGUCCGACUCCGCUAUUUCUUCUACUCCAGCGGGGAGAAGAAAGACGAGCUCUACCUGAACCUGGUGCUGGACUUCGUCCCCGAGACCGUCUACCGGGUGGCCCGACACUUCACCAAGGCCAAGCUGACCAUCCCCUCCAUCUACGUCAAGGUGUACAUGUACCAGCUUUUCCGGAGCCUGGCCUACAUCCACUCGCAGGGUGUGUGCCACAGAGACAUCAAGCCCCAGAACCUGCUGGUGGACCCCGACACCGCCGUUCUGAAGCUGUGCGACUUCGGCAGCGCUAAGCAGCUGGUGCGGGGGGAGCCCAACGUCUCCUACAUCUGCUCACGGUACUACCGGGCCCCCGAGCUCAUCUUUGGAGCCACCGACUACACCUCGUCCAUCGACGUGUGGUCGGCCGGCUGCGUUUUGGCCGAGCUCCUCCUGGGCCAGCCCAUCUUUCCCGGGGACAGCGGCGUGGACCAGCUGGUGGAGAUUAUCAAGGUGUUGGGGACGCCGACGCGGGAGCAGAUCCGGGAGAUGAACCCAAAUUACACUGAGUUCAAGUUCCCCCAGAUUAAGGCCCAUCCCUGGACAAAGGUCUUCAAGUCCCGGACUCCCCCCGAGGCCAUCGCCCUGUGCUCCCACCUGCUGGAGUACACCCCCGCCACCAGGCUGUCCCCCUUGGAGGCCUGUGCCCACAGCUUCUUCGACGACCUGCGCAGCCCUGGGGCUCAGCUCCCCAACAGCCGGCAGCUGCCCCCCCUCUUCAACUUCAGCUCCAGUGAGCUCUCCAUCCAGCCGAGUCUCAAUGGUAUCCUCGUCCCUUCCCACCUGAGGAACCCCACGGCCUCCAUUUCCUGCCCCCCUUCCUCACUUGUUUUAGGGGAGACCCAGGAGCGGCCGGGACAGGAGCCUUCCACGUCUGUCGCCAACUCCUCCUGAGGGCCUCGAGGAGCCCCUCCGUCCCGGAGGCCCUGGGUUGGGCCUGGGUCCUGGAGCUCGCCUUCUCCCUGUCCUUGGCUGGGUUCGGUUUUUAGAUGGGGGCGAGGAAAGGGGAGAAGACGGCUGCGACCCAGGCCCCUCCUACCUCCCGGAGGCGAGAGCCUGGUGGGGGGCCCGGAGGAGGGGGUGCCCCUUCCGCUCCGUUCUUCCCCCCUCCCCUGCCCCUCACUGAGCCGGCUGGCCGAGCUGGCUUUUUAACAGAGGAUUUUAACUGGGUGUUGGGGGUGGCGGAGAGAGAAGGAAGAGGCUCUCUGGGCUUGGCCUCGGGGCUCGGAGCGCUCCCUCAGCCCCCGCUGCCCCCAUGUGUCCCUUGUAAAUAGGACCAGACCCUGCCUCAGGCCCCUCCUCCUUCCUGACCCCCCCCCCCCCCCGCCGGGGUGUAAAUAGAUUGUUAUAAUUUUUUUCUUAAAGAAAAUGUCACAAUGAUUCGCGCCGCCCAUCUCCCCCGUCCCCAGCUGUGCUACCAUCUGCCCGCACCACUGUUCCCCUCAGCUUCCUCCCCUCGCCCCCAGCCCCCGGGACAGGGAGGGGGGCUGGGGGAAUCCUAAUGUCUUAGUUCCCAAAGUAGGGUUUGCCUGUGUACAGACCUUUCCGUUCAAUAAAUUAUUGGCAUGAGAA